AGAGUAUGGCUGAGCUGCUCCGCGGGAUCCCAGAGGAGGCACCGCUUGCGGGGUGCAUAGUCCUCACGGCCGCACUGUCCGACCGAACGUUUGCACGGCUCGAGGAGGCAGACUUCGCAAGCGUAUACGAGUCGAAGAUUGGUGUGGUUGACACGCUCCGUGAGUGCGUCGAUGUCGGGGCAUUGGAGUUCCUCUAUGAUGUUAGAGCCAACACGGCGAUGGAGGAGCAGGUCUCUGCGUAUCCGAACGCAUUCGCCUUCGUCUGUCCGGGGAUCAUCGACUCCACGAUGAUGCGCUCGAGCGAACUGGGCGAGUCAGGCAAAGUCGCACAGCUUGAGCAGUUCGCCCAGUGGGGCAUCACGGCGGAAGGUGCGUCCACACAUCUGCAUAUCGCGCCCGACACGCCCUCGCUCGCUUCCAAGCCGGCGAGCGGUUCGCGCGGUAUGUACCGACAGUCGACUGGUACGCGCUCGAGCGCACGCGGGGCAUGCCCCUUCUCGGACGACACCUUCUAUCUACUCCGCUGACGCGGUCGGGCUCGUCAGCCGCGGCCCCGGGGCGAAUGGUGGGGGCGGCAGACGAGGGAGGC